AUGGCCGAGGAAGAGAGUUUUGAUGAUCACAAUGGCGAAGACAUGAGCAUGACAGGUCCCGGCGCGCCAACCCCACUCACCGCCCUUGAGGGACUUGCGGGACUUACGAAGCGUGAUAUUCAACUUGUUAUGGAUGGGGGUUUUAACACCGUCGAGUCUGUGGCCUACACACCUCGUCGAGUCCUCGAGCAGAUCAAGGGUAUAUCGGAACAAAAAGCGGCAAAAAUCCUAGGUGAAGCUUCUAAACUUGUUCCUAUGGGCUUCACAACUGCCACCGAAAUGCACCAGCGACGGAGUGAGUUGAUCUGUAUAACGACCGGAUCCAAGAAUCUAGACACUCUCUUGGCAGGAGGAAUUGAGACAGGCUCAGUAACGGAACUUUUCGGAGAAUUCCGAACGGGGAAGAGUCAAAUCUGUCAUACUCUGGCUGUUACCUGUCAGCUCCCAUUCGAUAUGGGAGGUGGCGAAGGGAAAUGUCUCUACAUUGAUACCGAGGGUACGUUCCGGCCAGUCCGUCUUCUGGCAGUCGCAAACAGGUUCGGCCUAUCCGGGGAAGAAGUCCUCGACAAUGUCGCGUAUGCCCGAGCGUAUAAUUCCGACCACCAACUUCAGCUCCUCAACCAGGCGGCUUCGAUGAUGUGCGAGACUCGAUUUUCGCUGCUCAUCGUUGAUAGCGCUACUUCCCUUUACAGAACCGACUUCCUAGGUCGCGGAGAACUAUCGUCACGACAAACCCACCUUGCCAAGUUCAUGCGUACAUUGCAGAGACUCGCGGAUGAGUUCGGCAUCGCCGUUGUGAUCACGAACCAAGUUGUCGCGCAGGUCGAUGGAGGUCCGAGCGCCAUGUUCAAUCCGGACCCGAAGAAGCCCAUCGGCGGCAACAUUAUUGCCCACGCAAGUACAACCCGUAUCAGUCUCAAAAAGGGCCGCGGCGAGACGAGAAUCGCCAAGAUUUAUGAUAGCCCAUGCUUGCCCGAGAGUGACUGUCUGUUUGCCAUUAACGAGGAUGGCAUUGGAGAUCCAGCGCCCAAGGACGUGGACAAAGAGUGA